AUGAACGUGAAUAAGAAGGUAGAUGUUGAAUUGGUUAAUAUAAUAAAUGGCAACGAUUGUAAUAGUAAAAAUGAUGGAUAUGAUAGUAAUGAAGAUAAUUGGUUUAAGGGGAAAGUCGAAAGGAGAUCACCCUUGACUCCUUUCCAACUAUUUUCAUUGAUAACGGGGGAAACUACUAAGUCUAAAAUUAACAGAGAUCCAAAAUUAAAAAACAAUCCUAUAUAUGGAAAACUCAGCUUUACAAUUGCGUCAUCUUCUAUGAUAAUAAUAUCGUUUAUAUUUGAAUUAGUCUAUAAUCACAAUUCAUUUAAUGGAAGAUGUAUAUCGCCAAUUGUACACCCUUCUCUAAUAAGUGGAGAUGUUAUUACCAAAAAGCAUCUUCCUUAUAUUGUAAAUAUAGGAUACGGGGCUUGUGAAGUAAAUUUAAACGAUUCUGCUCAUAACAGAGCUUUUAUUGGCAGUGGUACUGUCGAUGAUGGAUGGCCAAUGGUGAAUUUAAAGAAAUAUGAUGGAUCGAAAUCCAGCGGUAGGUUUGAUUCUCCGAACGCAAGAAUUUUUGAAACACUCGGGGGAUUGAAUUCCAAUAAAAUCAGAAAUUACAAAGAGUAUUAUAGAUUAGUUUGGUCAAUGUUUCUCCAUGGAAGUGUAAUUCAUAUGGUAUUUAAUCUCUGCUGUCAAAUACAAUCUCUAUGGAUGAUUGAACCAGACUGGGGGUUUUUUAGAACGGCAGGAUUAUAUUUUGUCAGCGGAAUAUUUGGAAAUUUAUUAUCUGCAAUUUUAGACCCUUGCGGUACAACUGUUGGAUCAUCUGGAGCAAUGUACGGAUUGAUGGGAGCUCUAAUUCCAUAUUGCAUUGAAUAUUGGAAAACAAUACCUAGACCUUUUUCAAUAUUAAUAUUCAAUUGUAUAUUUAUAAUCAUUGGACUAAUUUCCGGAUUGGCUGGUUAUACUGAUAAUUAUGCUCAUUUAGGGGGGUGUAUUGCUGGGAUCCUUUGGGGAUUUGGAACUAUACGCAGUGUUUCAUCAUUUGACAGGUGUAUAAUUGUAGAAAGGGUUUUAUUAUCACCUAUACUAAGGUGGAUGCUAACAGAGCGUUACAAAGCAUCGCUACGGUUAAUUGUUGCGAAUAAAUAUGAUAUGGGAAAUAGGAGGCGCCUUGCUUAUGAGACACAAAAAGGGAUUGAAAAGGGAGUUACUAAGAGAACAUUGAAAAGGAUUAAACAAAGAUUUAGUGCUCCAGGAAGUCCCCCUUGCAGAAUGAGAUGUAGAGAAACUAUAGUGCGUGUAGUUAGUAUGGUGACACUGAUAUCAAUUAUACUCAUUCUUUCUAUUUUAUUACUUUCACCUGAGGUUUACGAGACAUUUUCACCGCCUGGACAAUUCAAACUUUCGGGUUGGCAUACGUGUCAUUGUGGAAUUUUUAUAACGGGAGAUAAUCCGGUCUUAUCUAAGUAUAAGGGGAUGUUUUGGUGCUGGAGAGAUAAAAAUAUUGCUGAAAAAUAUAUUAAACUAAAUGGAUGA